AUGAAAAAUUUAUUUAUAUAUACUUCUUCUCGCCCCCGCCCCCCCCCCCCCCCCCCCCUUUUUCCAAAAAAACGACGUGCUUCACAAUUCCUGGUGAGAAAACGUCGUGCGAAUUCCAUACUUGAAGAAACCAAAAAGGGUAAUCUUGAAAGAGAAUGCAUUGAAGAACUGUGCAAUAAAGAAGAAGCCAGGGAGGUCUUUGAAAAUAACCCUGAGACGGAUUAUUUUUAUCCAAAAUACUUAGGUUGUCUAGGUGCGUUCCGAGCUGGUCUCUUCUCUGCUGCACGUCAGUCAAUUAGCAUUUAUCCUGACCUCAGGAGUUGUGUCAAUGCCAUUCCAGACCAAUGUAACCCUCUGCCAUGCAAUGAAGAUGGGUACCUGAUCUGCAAAGACGGCCAAGCUGCCUUCACCUGCAUCUGCAAACCAGGCUGGCAAGGACAGAGGUGUGAAUUUGAUAUAAAUGAAUGCAAAGAUCCCUCAAAUUUAAAUGGAGGUUGCAGCCAGAUUUGUGAUAAUACUCCUGGAAGUUACCACUGCUCCUGUGGAAUUGGUUUUGUUAUCCUUCCAAAUAAAAAAGACUGUAAAGAUCUGGAUGAAUGUUCUAUAAAGCCAAAUGUUUGUGGAACGGCUCAGUGCAAAAAUGUCCCAGGAGACUUUGAAUGUGAAUGUCCUGAAGGCUACAGAUAUGAUCCCUCAUCAAAAUCUUGUGAAGAUGUGGAUGAAUGCUCUGAGAACAUAUGUGACCAACUUUGUGUCAAUCAUCCCGGACACUACUCUUGUUACUGUGAUGGGAAGAAAGGAUUCAAACUUUCCACAGAUGAGAAGAGUUGUGAGGAUAUUCCAGUGUGCCUUCCCUUGGACCUUGACAAAAAUUAUGAAUUACUUUACUUGGCUGAGCAGUUUGCAGGAGUUGUUUUAUAUUUAAGUUUUCGUUUGCCAGAAAUCACCAGAUUUUCGGCUGAGUUUGAUUUCCGGACAUAUGAUUCAGAAGGCAUCAUACUGUAUGCAGAAUCUCUCGAUCACUCGGCUUGGCUCCUGAUUGCACUUCGUGAUGGAAAGAUUGAAGUUCAGUUUAAGAAUGAGUAUGCAAGUCAAAUAACAACUGGAGGCAAUGUUAUUAACAAUGGUCUAUGGAAUAUGGUGUCUGUGGAAGAAUUAGAGGAUAGCGUUAGUAUUAAAAUAGCUAAAGAAGCUGUGAUGAAUAUCAACAAACUUGGGAGUCUUUUUAAACCUACAGAUGGAUUUCUGGAAACCAAAAUAUAUUUUGCAGGAUUACCUCGGAAAGUAGAGAGCGCACUCAUUAGACCGAUCAAUCCUCGUCUGGAUGGAUGUAUACGGGGCUGGAACUUGAUGAAACAAGGAGCCUUAGGAGCAAAGGAAAUUAUUCAAGGGAAACAGAAUAAGCAUUGCUUUGUCAAUGUGGAGAAGGGCUCCUACUACCCUGGUUCUGGAGUUGCUCAGUUUAGCAUAGAUUACCAUAACAUAACCAAUGUGGAGGGAUGGCAAAUAAAUGUGACUUUGAAUAUUCGCCCAUCCACUGACACUGGGGUUAUGCUUGCCUUGAUCUCUGGGAAAACAGUGCCCUUUGCCCUGUUCCUGGUGGAAUCCAUCUCUGAAGAGUCUCAGGAUAUUCUGGUGUCUAUUGAAAAUACAGUGGUGGCUCGAAUAGAGGGCAUAAAUCUCUGUACCAACCAGCAGUUCCAUUUGGAAUGCAAAGUCAACAAAAAUGGUCUAGAGUUGUGGAUCCCACUUAGGAAAGAAGUCAUCUACUCCAAAGACCUUCAGGGACAGCUUGCGGUCUUGGACAAAGCAAUGGAAGGAACGGUGGCCACUUACCUGGGUGGCGUUCCAGAUGUUCCUUUCAGCGCCACACCAGAGAAUGCCUUUUAUAAUGGCUGCAUGGAAGUCAAUAUCAAUGGUGUACAGUUGGAUCUGGAUGAAGCCAUUUCUAAACAUAAUGACAUUAGAGCGCACUCAUGUCCAUCAGUUGAGAAAAGUCAAGAGAAUUUUUAGUCUACUUUCUCUGCUGAUAAUAUCUCUUUACUUGUUGUAAUUAUGCUUAUGUUUUUGUUAACAGCUGUCAGGCUUUACCUGAGAUUGUGCAGUCUUUGAAUAUUAUGUGGUACUUUUACUUUCUUGGGAUUUUUGUUAUAUAAGUCACAUUUUUAAAAAUCUUGCUUCUAUUGUUACCUAGGAAUUAUAUAAUAAAACAUGAAAAAUUUAAAUUUCAAUUUGCUAAAAACAACAUUACUUAGCUUCAUUGGACUAGUAUUUAAAUAUCAAUGUUCCUCAGAAAGCAAGUCAGUAAAUGCAAUGAAAAGCACAUGUGAGUAAACAUUAACAGUUACAGGUGAAUAUUACAUUUUUGUUGUUGCAAAAGCAACAUCAGGAAAACCCUGAUGUAGGCAGAAAAGAUGAUAGUCUAUUGAAUGUAAAUUGAAUGGAAAGUCUCAAAGCUUCAUUCCAAAAUAAUUGCUCUUGGGGGAUGGGGUAAGCAUCGGUUUCAUUGUUUUCCUACUUCACUUUACAUGUGACCCAGCACCUUCACUGAAUUAGAGAGGGGCAAAUUUUCAUGGGUUCAGCAUGUGAAUCUUGCUUCCAAGGAAGUGGUUUCUAUGAGAGACAUCAGAUUAUAUGUGGAAAUCUAGAGUGGAUGCAUUGUUUAAAUUUGGCUGUACAGGCCACACAAGCUCUGAGUCAGAAAGGUGUGGUACUUAAGUGUUGGAAAGGGGACUGAACACACAAACAAGUUCAAAGUUUCCUUCACUCCAGGCUCUAUUUACUGUAAGUGGCUUGAAGAUGAUUGCUGAAGGACAAAAUAAAUUGAUGAAAAUGAAAGUAGAUUUUAACAAAAGUAUAAUGGCAAGAGGGAUGCCGUAAAUAUUAUAUUGUCUUUGUAAAGGAAGAAGUGAGGAGGUAAAAUUGUCCUGCCUUUCCUGGUGGUGCAAUUUCCAAGUGGCAGGUGUUUAACUGUUGUUUUUCCUCAUUUCAGGUGUGCAUCAGAUUUUCCAUUGACAUUUUAGAAAAUAAACAUUUUAGUACACUUAUUUUACAUUACAUGAAACAUAAAAUGAUGUAUUUUUAAAAUAUAUAAAUAAUAUUUUUGUUUGAGCAACUCAGUACAAUAUCACAUAAUAUAUAUUUAAGCCUUCAUGUAGCUCAGUAGAACUUUAGCUGCAAGGGAGGUUAAUCUGAAAUCAUUGAUGAAUAGCAAUAUUGGUUAUAGUAGAUUAGAUCUCAAAAAGGGAAGAAAAGCAAAAAAACAAGGAGUAUCUCACAUGCACUGGGAAUUAUACUACCUCAUUUACUGGAUGCAGUUUUCUCCCACUAUGCACUAUGGGUGAUAAAUAUCACGAAGUGACUAUUGAUUAUGCUAGUAUACAAAAGGAAAGCUGGGACUGUGAAGACAGCUCAGAGGAUACAGUGCUGGGCAAUCAUGAGGAUGACCUGAGUUUGGAUCCCCAGCAUUCAUGUAAAAAGCUGGGUGUGGUGGUCUGUGCCUGUAAUCCCAGUGUUGGUAGGACAAGGCAGAGACAGGUGGAUCCCGGGGGCUUGUUGACAGGCUACCUGAAACAGGGAGCUCCAGGUUUGAUGGGAGACAAUGUCUUGAAAAAUAAAGUGGGGAGCAAUUGAGGAAGGUACCCUGUGUUGACCUCUGGUCUCCAUAUGUACAUGCACAUGUAUGUAACUCCCCCACAUACAACAUAAAGGAAAGAAGCAGUGAAUAUGAUCAAAAUACAUUAUAUACAGCUAUAAGAUAUAAUGAAACACAUAAUUAUGUGUAAUUAACUUAUGCUAAUAAAAAUGGAGGAAGAAAAAUAGAGAAAUGUGAGGGAAAGGAAAAAAGAGCAGUAGAAAGGGAAAAUGCAUUUUCAUUGGGUGAAGGUUUGUACUUCUGAUUUAAUAGUGCUUCAUACCGCAGCUGUAGGGAUCAAUUCUGCAUUUCCCAUCAGAGGGAAAAAAGCAUCCUAUACACAAGGAGGAUUAUAUGGGACCUUUUACAAACUUCAUACAUUUUGAGGUACAUUCCUAUUUAGCUGGAGAGUAAAAAUAUCUAGACCUUCAGCUCAGAAUAUUUGCUUUGGUUAUAGAUUUUGAUAUUUUCCACAAAAUAGAUAUUUCUAUUUUUAAGGAGUUAGUAGAGGUAGAAUCUGUGAAGUACCAAAUUCAACAGAAUAGGAAGUAGUAGCCAAGUUGGUAAUCAGUUCUCAGGUUUCCGGUCACUGAAACUACAAAGUAACUUUGUUUGGGGUUAUCUCAGGAAAUCAAAGAAAAUUUCUGCUCAUUGCUCCCAUAUCAGAGACCUUCGCUCCUUAUUAACUAAACUGUGUUGAUGAUGAUCUUUCACAUGGUUGCUUGCUAUAGUAACCUUUGGAAUUUCAGAGACCUUCUAUUUGAAAACUGGGUUUUCUUCUAAGGAAGAAUCAUUGCUUAUGCAUUUAUCUAGUGAUGUACUGAGAUCAACUUUAGGCAUCUAGCUGUCUUGUGCUUGUAUCUUCAGAGUAUGAGGACAAGAAGAAGUUACCUGGGUCAGUGUCCAAUGAAGGUUUUUUUGUUCCUUUUUCUCAUAUUAAUAUAUACAAGGCCAAAUUAUCAAGUGAAAUUUAUUAUGGGAAAAUUUAAACCCAAAUAGGAAAUUAAGAAGGCCAGAAAUAGUGGAAUGGAACAUGGGAAGAAUGGAAGUGACAGCCUAUGACUUCAGCAAUUCCAUCUACUUCUCAUGGUGCAGCAACUGCACUUGUGAGUUUUCAGACUCAUUCCUGCUAAUCUACUCGCCAUGACAAUCCCUCUCCAAAGGUAAUUCUACUUACUUGGAAACAGAACUAAAAUUAAAAUUAAAAUUACAUGUGCAAUUUGCUAGUUUAGCCCCAACCUAGCAAAUUCCCUUUCCUGCUUGUUUCAAACUGUGAACUCUGAAAUCUGAUCCUGCAGCUGGGGUGUCCUUAUCCCACAGAUGCGAGAAAUACGAGGUAGAGCAAAUCCUUCACCAGAUUCAUUUGAAAGUAUGAGACAGUGGGCCAAUAUUUAUUAAUAAUUGAUAUAGAACUAAUCCAGUACUAUUAUCCAGAGUUCCCAAAUGAUAUAUACAUAAAUAUAUUGAACUCUAGCCAUAGAAUAAGGCUGAGGCCAAAACAUCCUAGAAUGAGCAUCUGUAUCUCCCUGCACCAACACAUCAUAAACACAGUGGCUCUAGUGGGCUAACAGACAUGACCCCUAGCCUCUUAGGGAAAUGUAGCUAGCACACUGUAUAACUGGAAUUCCAAGCCAGGAUUUUUAAGAAUCCAUGCCUAAAAUUUAAACUUCAUAAUUAGUUAUGCUACUACUUAUUAAAUGGCACUGUUGCAGUGAAUAAUUUCAACAAAAAUCCAAAAACUGUAUUAUAUUCCAUAUAUACUGGUUGUCAAUGAAUAUCAUCUUAAUCAUUUUGAAAAUAAAUGUGGUGUUACUUAUUGAA